AUGGAAGGGCUCGUCUUAGUGGUCGAAAACAUACCCGGCGAGGACGAACUCCUCGGGGAGACCAACAGAAAGCUGGCCGAAUUGGACAGCCACAUCCCGCUCUGGAAGUGUCUACACGAGGCGGCGACCAUCUACUCCGACGUCCUGCGCAGCAUGAAGGACAGGUUCAUGGGCCCCCCGAAGCACCCAUUAAUCGCCAGGGCCGAGCCGGACUUCGUCGCGGACGUGGAUGCGGUGGCGGGUCCCGAGCGCCGAUUCGUGGAAAAGGAGCUGGAUCCGACUAAAGGGGCUGUUAGGUUUCUGGAAGACGACGAGGCCAGCGCUGACACGCCGUGGCCGCCCGAGUGGGAGGACGAGAAGCCACCAACGCCUCCACCCUGA